CUGGACAAGAUAACCGAUUUCGAGGCUCUAUCCUACACUUGGUACAUCGACAGAGAUACCGGAAGCCCGACUGAGGGAAGAAUGCGCACGAUAAUAUGUAAUGGAAAAACGCUUAAGGUGCAUCAGAAUCUCCACAACGCGCUGUUCCAGCUGAGAUCCCUGAACAGAGGCACAUCGAUCUGGAUUGAUGCCAUCUGUAUUGAUCAAGCAAAUAGCAAGGACAUGAGCGAUGAUGAGAAGAAAAAACGGAAGGCUGAAAAGAGUGCUCAAGUCAGCAACAUGGAAUCUAUUUUUGGCUCUGCAAAAACAGUAGUUGUUUGGCUAGGGAGAUGCAGUCUGCUUUCCGGCAUAGCUGCAAGGUGGGUCCAACAGGCAAUGUCAAUGCCAAAGUCAGAACAAGAGAAGGUCCUUGCGUUAUACCAGAAAACUGCAAAAAAAAACCCAUAA